UGGUAAUCCUUACACAAAAGCUGCUGAUAUUUAUAGUUUUGGUAUUAUUAUGUGGGAGAUGACAUCAGGCGUUCCAGCAUUUCAUAAUAUUCCUCAUGAUUUAAAUCUUUCUUUAAAUAUUUGCAGAGGUAUUAGACCAGAAAUUAUAAAAGGAAUCAUGCCUGAAUAUAUUGAAUUAAUGAAAAGAUGUUGGAAUAAUGAUCCUGAAAAAAGACCAACUGCCAAUGAAUUAAGUAAUAUUUUUCUUAAAUGGAGUAUAAAGUAUCCAAUAGAAGAAGAUAAAGAAAAGAGAAUACCCAUUCCAGAGAAUGAACCGGAAAUUAUAUACCAUCCAAAGUCUUGUUACACAAGUAGAAAAUUUAAUUAUUCAACUAAAUUGAAUGAAAUAUUAUUACAAGAUGAAUUAAGUAAUAAUAUUGUCAUUAUAAAUGACAAAAAUGAUGAUGGGAUCAGUAAAGAAUUAGAUGAACAAGAUGAACUAGAUGAUUUUAUAAUUUAAGAGAUUAAAUAGUUAUUAUACUACUUUUACAAACUUUUAAAAGGUGCCAUAUAUGACAUAAGGAGAAUUCAAAAUUCAUAUAUAGGGUUUUCAAAUAGGAGAUCAUUUAUUAUUUAUUAACUUCUUUAAUUGGUAAUAGGGGAAGAAUGUAGCAUCCGGUCAUCCAAAUGUUUGCUUCACAAAAAAAAUUAUAUUUAUAGAUAGUACUAAAAACUAGGUCAUCUCAUGGUGUAUGAAAUUUUAUUAUCGUAUAGCACUGACUAAAAUAUCUGGUAUCGUAAAAAAUUGAAUUAGUAUCCGGUAGUAUUUUGUAUGGAACAUAAAAAAAUUGGUCGGAAUUAGCCUAAUUCUACCAGAAUUAGAAUUUUUUUAACUACUCGGUAUUAUAAAUAUAAUGGGUCACGGCCGUACGGGGGGGUCUUUUAGUCAGUGCUAUACGGUA